AUGUUCCUAGCUAAACUCUUCUUCCCGCACAAAAGGUUUCAAAUCCAACAAAAACAAGAAAUGACCGCACUGACAGACAGGAGUUACUACUUUGGGAAGAUAAGUCGCAAACGGGCGGAUGUGAUCCUGGAGAGGAUGGGAUUCGAAGACGGUUCCUUUCUACUGAGGGAGUCACUUUCCAUUCCUGAAAACUUCUGCCUGAGUGUCAGUUUCAAUGGAAGAAUUAAUUGUUUAAAAUUUUGCCAUUUGUUUGUAUGUGACGCUACGGAAGUAGAAGGUAAAGAAAAACAAAAAAAAAAUUAUAAAAGCGUAUUCUACGUAGCUCGUCAUUCAGUGAAAGAAACACGAAAUGAGUACAACGAGAACAGAUUAGUUUUACAUUGA